AUGAAGGAAAAAAAUAGUCUAACUUCCUUACCACUAACUCCUACAACUCGGUGAGCAAACCAAACCAUUGGAAAAUCUCUAAUUUUGGACAAAAGCCCACCCUACAUGAGUGAACAAAAAAUUUUUUAAUAUAAAAUUUUGAUACAUAAAUGAUAAUUUUUAUAAGGAAAUUUCUAGCUAAUUCUGUUUAAUUUUAAAAAGCUUGCAUUUUAGAAUCAUAAAUUUUAUAAAUUAAAUAAAUAUUUGCUUUUUCCAAUUGAGAUUUUUUAAAAUAAAGAAAAAAUUUUAAUAUAUAAUUUUUUUUAAAAAUAAAUUAACCCCCUCCAUAAGCGAACAAAAUGCUUUUAUUCAGCCAUGAAGGGGCAGUAAGUAUAAAUUAAGCUGCAAGGCUCUUUUAAUAAUAUAUAUUUUUUUUUAAAAAAAAAAUUAUUUUAUAUGUUCAGCAGAAGUAAAUAAGAAGUUUUUAAUAAUUGAGCAUAAUUUAAAUAUGCAAUUUGAUACAGAUAAACAACUUCGAGGCUAUCAAGACGACCCAUACCGCCAACGAAGUAUCUCAAGGCAAUCUCAAGAGCCCCAAAACCAAGAAGAUUUCUUCAAGCAAUUCGAAAAUUACAAAUCAAAUAUAGAAAAUCCCGGGAUCAAUCCCCAAAUGAACUUCCAAAAAGGCCCCACAAAUGACUUUAAUGCUUUUCCAUCAGGCAAAAAAGAGCAGCUCUUUGCGAAUCCUAAUAUAAAUGCAAAUAAUUUGGCAAACCCUACAACAGAAACAGAAAGAGAUAGAAGGCUUCGAUUAAGAUCUGAAGAGCGCAAGCGUAGAAAUACUGGCCAAGCUGCCAGUGUCUAUGAGCAGCCACAAAUCCAAGAAUCCCUUGAAAAGCCAGCUGAAAUGUGGGAUUUUCAGAACCGGCAAGCCGAUUUGAAAAUGCUUUAUGAGGUGCAAAAUACUGAAAAUCGAGGCUACCAAGAAGAAAAGCCCCAGAUUUAUAGCCAGCCUUCUCCUGAAAUAAAACCAAAGGCUGCGUCUGUCCCAAGCAAUACAAACUCUGACGAGUCUGCCUCACUAAAAUAUCAAAAACAGCAGCAAUAUAAGGCAUAUUUAGAUGAACAAGUCUCAAAUACCCAGAAUAAAGGAAGAGCUUUGUCUCAGCAAAGAGUUGAAACAGGCGCGACGGUAGAUAAUUAUAAUGACGCGAAAGAACAAGAAGCAAGGAAAAAGAGACAAUAUGCAUUAGAACUACAAGCACAAAUUGACCAAAAAAAUAAAGCUGUGGUGAGCCAAGAAAUAAGGGAAGAUGUGGGGCAGUUUCAAAACCCAGUGGAUGCAGAAAGGGAAAAAAAGAGAAAAUAUGCCCAGGAGCUGCAGGCCCAGAUACAGGCACAAGCACAAGCGAAAAAUAGCCAGAAAAGGAAUUUCUCAGAUGAAAAUAAUUAUGAUAUGAAUUUGCAAGGAAAUUCUCAACAGGAUGCAUCCUAAAUUUAAUAAUUAUUUUAUUAAUUCUCACAAUUAAAAGCUUUUUUCUAUUAAAUACACUAUUUUUCUAUAAAAAAUAAAAAAAUAUUAUUUAAAACAAUAUAGAGCGGGAACGAAAGAAAAGAUAUGCCCAAGAGCUCCAAGCCCAAAUCCAGGCCAAAGAAGCCCAAAAAGGUUAUCGACGAUCAACUACCCAGGACUCCUCUACUAGAAAUUCGCAAGAGCAAGAAUUUAUGCCUCAGCAAACCCCACAAGACAUAGAAAGAGAAAGGAAAAAACAAUACGCUCAAGAGCUCCAGGCACAAAUUCAAGCCAAACAGAAUAAAAACACUGAGAAAAAGUAUGAAAAUUACAGCCAUGACGCAUUGCCACCUAAAGGAAACGACGAAGCUGCAUUAAAGAAAAAACUAUAUGCACAGGAAUUGCAAGCACAAAUAAUGGCCAAACAAGCCUUACAAGGGGAUAGAAAUAAGCGCUCAGCAUCACUGGAAAGACCUAGCAGUGAGAUUUAUUAUCAGCAAAAACAAGACGUUUAUCAGCCUCGGCAAGAAAAUUUGUAUCAAGCUAGACAAGAAAGUCCAUAUCAGCCUAGACAAGAUAAUUUAUAUCAGCCAAGGCUGGUUAGACUUAAAAUCGAUCUCAUCCACCCCAUAAAUCUCACCUCAUAUAUUAAGAUAAGAGAUAAGAUAUCAGAUAUGUUGAUAAAAUAUCUGAAAAUCGUGUUUAAGUAGUAUUUUUACUUAUGAACUGCAAUAUUUUUAUUAUUUUUUGAUUUCAAGGAUAGGUGGGGUGUGUUUUACAUUAGCCCAUAAGGCAAGAAAAUAUGUAUCAGCAAAGAGAUGAACAAUUUUCUUCAUUUGACCAAAGGGCAUUUAACCCUGAGUAUGAAAAAAUGAUGAAUCCAGACCAAUUCCAGUCCUUCCAGCCUUCUUAUGACAAGCCGCCUGAAAGAUUUCAGUCCUUGCCAACCCAGCAGGACUAUCCUCCCUAUAAUCCUCCACAAAUAUGCCCUCCCCAAAAUUAUAACCCUCACUCCCCCUUCAUGAGUGAGCAAAAUCAUUGGAAGAAUCCCCUGCUUUUUGGGCAAAUACCACCCUCCAUAAGGGAACAGAAAUUUUUUUAUGGUAAUUUGUAUAAUAAAAUCUUUAGCUGAUUCUGUUUGAUUUUUAACAGCUUACAAUUUGAAACAAAUAAUUAAUACUUGCAUAAAAUUAUUUCGAAUUCGGAUUUUUUUCAAAUUUUGAAACAAAAAUUUACUAUAAAAUUUAAAUUAGCACCCUCUGUGAGACAAAAAACAAUUUGUGUUUGCUCGUGGAGUCAGCAAGAAAUUCCUCUCACUAGAGAAAAUUCUAUUACAAAACCAAAUGGCCCACCUCAAGAUCGAGAAAAAAUCAAUAGGUACCGCCAAGAGCUAGAAAUCCAAAUAGAAGAAGCGAAAAAGCGAAAAGAAGAAGAAAAAAGAAAGCAAAAAGAAGAUGACGAAAGACAUGAAAAAAAUUUUUUUAUGGAAGUCCCUAAUGAAAAUAAGCCAUUAAUUAUGAAAAAAAUCGACCCAAAUAGGCCAAGUGAAGACCAUCCGCAGGCUCAAAGAUAUCAAGAAUUGAUGGAAAAAGCGAAAGUCCAAAAGGAAAAUCCAGAAGAGUUUCCUGAGGUCAAGCAGAAUUAUAAAUUUCAGCAGGAAGAUUCUAACUCCCCCAAGUAAUCAGAAAUUUCUUGUGUAUUGGUGGAUUUGACACGAAAUUUUAAACAAAAUUGAAUUUGCUUAUUAUUACCCCGGAAUUUGGAUUUAUGGCAUUUUAGCUGAAAACUCCCAAUGAUAAGGAAAUUAAAUUUACAAUUAAAAAUUUUGUGUAAAAACCCCCCACAAAUAAGCAAGAAAUAGCUUAUUUCUGAGGAGAGUAAGGCUGAUUUUAAUCGACCUCAGAAGAUAGCAGAGCCGUCUGGGAUUGAUAGUUCUUUUCCGCCUACCAAGCCAAAUUAUAAAUUUCAGCAAAAGCAAGAAGAGUUCAGCACAGGAGCUGCAAAUUUCCCUCCCACAAAUCCACAGUUAAAUUUCCCUUCUGCCACAAAUUUCCCUCCUCCUCCUCCUCCUUUCCUUCCAAACCCACAAUUUAACUUCCCAGAUACCCAAUUACAAUCUCCUGGGAAUUUUCAAAAAAAUCCUGCAAAUGACCCUCGGAAUGCUUAUUUAAAAGAAAGGUUCCUUCACACGAGGUCUACUCCAUAAACCUAUUUUUUUUGGCCUAAUUUUUUUUGGCCUAUUUUUUUUUGGCCUAUUUUUUUUGGCCUAUUUUUUUUAGCCUAUUUUUUUGGCCUAUUUUUUCUUAGCCUAUUUUUUUUUUUCGCCUAAAUAUUUUGGACUUUUUUUGGCCAUUUUUUAGCUAUUUUUACUAAUAUUUAGGCCUAAUUCCAUACUAAUGAUUUUAAUAUAAUUUUUAAUGUAUUUAAAACGAUUUUAUCAACAUAAAAUACACCUUUAACAGAUCUCUUACUCCAUGAAUCCUAAUUCAUUGCUUUUUAAAUUUCGAGAAUUUUAAAUUUAAUUAGGAUUUUUCCACUUAAUUUACUCAAUAUUAAUCGUGUAAAGAAAUAUAUCCGUUACCCAAUAAUUAUUUAGUUCUCUCAGCAGCUUCAUGAAUUAUCCUCGACAGAAAAAAUAGGCAAAAAAAUUAGGCCAAAAAAAAAUAGGCCAAAAAAAAAUAGGCCAAAAAAAAUAGUCUUUAUGGAGUAGACCUCGUGUGAAGACACGUAAAAGAAAUGCAAGAAAUUCGUAUGGAAAGAGAAAAAGCGAGAGACCAAAUGUUAGAAAUGAGAGAAAUGAUGCUAAAAGAAAGAGAAAAGCAACUAGAAAGUAUGCUGCUUAUGCUGAAAAUCCAGCCUCCAAUGUAUGGAUUUCCACCACAGCAGACAAGACCAGUAAGUUAUGGGUCAAAUAUGCAGAUGGAGCCUAAUGAAUUUCCUCAGUAUAAUAUGCCGAAUCCUCAAUACCCUCCUGGCAAUAGGCAAUAUACUAAUCCAUUGAUGACAGAGACUUCUAAUCCUUAUGAAAUCCCUCAGCCAAAUGCAAAUUUUAACCAAAAACCUUAUGAUUUAGCUUCUCAACCCAACUAUCCUCAGUCAAAUACAAACUUUAACCAAAAACCUUAUGACUUAGGCUCCCCACCUGCAAAUUAUUCGCAGCCUUAUGACUUUUCUGCCCCAAAAAUAAAUAAAGAUGCAAAACAAAGCUUAUUUGGACAGCCUCAAAAUUCAAAUUUGGUGGAUUUGCAGAAUGAGCCAAGCUUUAAACAGCCUGGCUAUGCUGAUUUAUUACUCCCUAUAAUUAAUUAAUAAUUUUUAAAUAAACAAGCUUAUAAAUAUUAUUAUUAAUUAAAAUAUUAAUCAGAAGAUUUAUCGGCAAAUCCUCAAUCAGAAGAAUUAUUUGAAAAAUCUCUAAUGAGCUCCCAAAAAUGGGUAGAUCCUCAUUUAAUGAAAUGAGGUGACGUCAAAAUUGCAGACAGCACCCAAGUUCCUAUUGAAAACUCUUCCCCUGAGCGUAAAAAGUGGGGCUCUCCUAACUCCCGUACCUCCGUGAGUGAACAAAAAAUUUUGUUCACUCACGGAGGGGGGUUUAAUUUUUUUUGUAAACAAAUUUAUAUAUAAAAUUUUAUAAAAAAUAUUUUUUUCGAAGUUUGAUAAAUCCUAAUUCGCAAAAAUUGGAACGCAAAUAUUGAUUUAAUAUAUAAAAUUUAUGUUUUAAAAGCAAUUCGUUUAAAAUUAAACAGAAUUAGCUCUAAAUUUCUAUAUACUAAUUAUCAUUUAUAUAUCAAAAUUUUUUUUCCAUAAAACAUUUUUGUUCACUCAUGGAGGGUGGUUUUUGGGCAAAAACAAUCGAUUUUUCUAAUGGUUUUGUUCAUUCACGGAGUGGGGAGUAAGAAAAACCUUGAUGUCGAAGUAAAAAACUACGACACCCUCAAAACUGAUUCGCAAGAUACCCCAAAAUUCCAGCUGAAAACAAUUCCUGAAGAAAACCCAGCUCUAUUCCAAGCUAACGAGGUCGACGAGCACAUAGAAGAAGAAAUCAAUGAAAUUUACCCCACACAAGAAGAUGAAGAAAAAGAAAAUUUAAUUGAAAAUCCAUCAUCAGACAGCAAUAGAGAAAUCGUCCUGUCUCAGCCAAAAUAUGAAGAAAGCGCUGAAUUAAAGAUGGCUCCUGACAGUUUAAGAGGGUCUGAAGACUCUAUUAAUAUGCAAUCUGCCUCUAUUGGCAGCAAUUUCUCAGAAGCAAAAAUAACCCCAAAGGUAGAAAUUGCAUUUAAUUUUAAAGAGCCAGCAGAAGAGACGUCUACUGAUAUAAUUAAUAAUUUUUUACAGGACCAAAAGCAGAGGCAGGUUAUUGGAAAGCCUGAAGCCCCAAAGAGAAGCCUUGCAAUAAGCAGGCUAGAUGAAGCGAGGAUGUAUGCGAAACAGCAGAAGACAAAGGACGUUUUUGAAGAGCUUGAUACGAAGCUGAUGGAAGGGCUUUUUAAGCCGAAAUCUACCCCAAAAUAUGAAGAUUCGUUGGAAAAGCCUGCCAAAGAGGUAGCGUUUACAGGCAAAUUUACAAAAGUGGCACUAAAUGAGCUGAGGAAACAGAAAUACCAAAAUUCAAUUGAUAAUAUACUGCAGGAUUCGAGGCCAAGCUCAAAAAGUUCGACACGGCAAGCUGUUGAUGAGUUUUUAAGCAAGUUUGAAAAAGAAAGCUCGCCUCAUAAAAGUUCAAGCCGCCAGUCAAGAAGAUAUGAAAAUCAAGACCCAAUCAUUUAA